AUGCCACUUGCACUGUUUGCAUUGAGUGUGCUAUUCCUGCAUGCAUCUGCUGCACUCGUGCUUAUGCCACCUAAUAUGCUCCACUGCAUUCCGUCACUGCAUCACAUCACUGCAUCACAUCAUUGCAUUCUCUCCCGACCCCUGUCUCUUCAAUCCCUCUCCCGCCUCUCCCCAUCCUCCCUGCCCCCCUUCCACGCCCUGUGCAGCCUGCGGGUGGAUCUCUUCCACCACUCGCCCCCACCAGCGCUGCUCUUCUUCUGUGACGCCCACCAGCGCUGGCUCGCCGGCGCCCCCACGCUGCUGCUCUCGUCCAACCAGUACUUCGUGCCCGCGCUCUACCUCCUCCCCUCCUUCCGCCGCGCCCUGCUGCUGCUCUUCCCCACGCACCGCCCCUUCCACUCGCUCGCCCGCCUGCUGCUCUUCCCCUGCAACCGCAUCUGGGCGCGCCUCACAGCGCGCUACCACGCGCUGCUGGCGCCGCUGCCGGCCAGGGUGGGCGUGCAGGGGCGCUUUUUGCACAACUGGGAUGCGGAGCGCGUGAGGGAGAGGACGCUCGUCCUGGGGCACUGCGCUGGGGAGGUGGUGAGCGGGCUGCUGGCAGGGCACUCUGUGGCUACUGCUGUGGGUGAGGGGAGCCGUGGCGCCGAUGGUGCUGCUGGUGGCGCCGCUGAUGCUUCCAGUGGUGCUGUGGGCGGUGCGGAGACAGCAGGAGGCAUGGCAGCAUCAGUGAUGGUGGCGUCGCUGAAUGCUCACCUCGCUCACAACCUCUCCCGCUUGCUGUCCAACCACCUGGGGCACCCUGUGCGUGUGCGAGGGGCUGUGAAGCCUGCUGGCAGUGACACCAGCAGCAGCAGCCCAGAGGAAGGUGGUACGGCCAGUGGUGUGAGCACGACGAGCAGUGGCAGCAGUGGGGGCAGGGCGGUGGUGGAGGUGGUGCAGCUGACGGAGGAGGAGCAGCAGGACAACAGCGAUGGGCGCAACGUGGACGAUGCCAUCAUCGACCUCUUUUCCCUCGCCCUCUUCUCCCACUCCCUCCUCCUCUCCCCCACCUCCACCUUCGGCUACCUCAUUGCUGCUCUCGCCCCCCACACUCCUGCCCGCUUUGCCUCCUCCUCCUCCUGCCCCCCCGCCCCUCCAGAGCCGUGCUACCACCACCCACCCACCCAGGACCAGUGUCCUGACGGCCAGCCGCUGCGGCUGGAGCGUGCCGUGGCUGCUGUGCCGCACCUGCCUCUCAUGCGCUGUGCCGACCUUUCACUGGGUCUCGCACUCAAUACUGCCGCUGCUCCUGCUGCUGAUACUGGGCAGUAG